CAAUAAUCGAUUCUGAAAUGACGAAAGCCGUGCCAUCGGAUAAGAACAAGGCCCUCGCCGCCAAAAAGGCUGCCUUGAAGGGUGUCAACGGUCAGAAGGCCCGCAAGAUCCGCACCUCGACCACUUUCAACCGUCCCAAGACCCUGAAGCUUGCCCGCAGCCCCAAGUAUGCGCGCAAGUCUAUCCCCCACGUCCCUCGUCUGGACCAGUACAAGGUCUUGAAGACUCCCCUCAACACGGAGUCGGCUAUGAAGAAGAUUGAGGAGAACAACACCCUCGUUUUUCUCGUUGACGUCAAGUCGAACAAGCGUCAGAUCAAGGAUGCCUUGAAGAAGAUGUACGACGUUACCGCUCUCAAGGUCAACACCCUCAUUCGCCCUGACGGCAACAAGAAGGCCUACAUCAAGCUGACCGCCGAUGUCGAUGCCCUUGACGUCGCCAACAAGAUUGGAUUCAUCUAAACGUUCAAUAAAAUCCACAAUACACGCUUGUAGUUUUUUUUUUAUGAA